CCUCCACACUCUCUCACUCCCUCCCUCUCUCUCUCGCUCGCUCGCUCUCUCUCUCACCAUCUCUGAUUAGAUAUACUGAUUCCUCCUUUCAAUGGACGUCAUUUAAGCUCAGACUCCUGCCUUGAGUUGCGUCCUCCGCCUCACGCCCGCUUUCCGACUAUUCUUUUACCCUUUUAUUAAGUAUUUCUGUAAUAUUAAUGGCCAUGAAUGCGCUUUAUUAGCAGUCCAAGAGGGAGACGAAGAGAACGGCUCUUUUGCUAAUAUGAGCUCAAGCGACGGGACGACAGCAGUGUGAUAGAAGAGCCAGGAGUGCGAGGAGAAAAAGAGGCUUUUCCGAGAGAAACUUUUCGACUCAAAUCCUCCAGCACCGCCGAUCACCAGCAUUUUUAGAGCCAGAUGAAGGGCAGCGGGGAUCUUAACGUUUCUUUCUGAUGGAUUAUCAUCCUGCUACUGUGGCACAUAUCUGAUCACCGGGGCCGCUGUGAUCUUGCAGGAAGAGAAGAGUGUUUUUUUCGGGGGCUACAUUUUUGUGUGUGUUUGGUUUUGCGGGUUAUUCCCUUUGCUCGCCCCUUCCAAACACUCGGUGUUUUUGAACUGAUUAUUCUUUGCUUGAGUCGCACUAAAAUCCUUUCAGAUGUUAGUGCACAGUUUUUCCGCGAUGGAUCGCCACGACGGCACCAGCAAUGGGACAGCCAGGCUACCUCAGCUGGGCGGCGUGGGCCAGAGUCCCUACACGAGCGCCCCGCCGCUCUCCCACACACCGAACUCGGACUUCCAGCCCCCGUACUUCCCCCCGCCAUACCAGCCCAUCUACCCGCAGUCUCAGGACCCUUACUCGCACGUCAACGACCCGUACUCCCUCAACUCCCUGCAUGCCCAGCAGCAGCAGCAGCACCCGAGCUGGCCGGGCCAGAGGCAGAGUCAGGAUAGCGGCCUGCUGCACCAGCACCGCAGCCUGCCCCACCAGCUGUGCCGGGAGUACCGCAGGGAAGUGCUGCUACCGUCCGGCCACGGCAUCGACACGGGACUGUCGGACUCUAUCCCUAUCCAUGGAAUACCUCACUCUUUAGAAGACGUUCAGGCUGUUGAGGAUCAAGGAAUUCACAUCCCCGACCAGACUGUAAUUAAAAAAGGUCCAGUAUCUUUAUCCAAGAACAAUAAUGUUUCCUCCAUCCCCGUAAAUAAGGACGGACUUUUCGGAGGGGUGGUGAACCCAAACGAGGUGUUCUGCUCGGUACCGGGUCGCCUUUCCCUCCUCAGCUCCACAUCAAAGUACAAGGUCACGGUGGCCGAGGUGCAGAGACGCCUCUCGCCGCCCGAGUGCCUCAACGCUUCACUGCUGGGCGGGGUGUUGAGGAGGGCCAAGUCUAAGAAUGGAGGAAGAUCCUUAAGGGAGAAGCUGGAUAAAAUCGGCUUGAAUCUACCUGCGGGCAGACGCAAGGCAGCCAACGUCACCUUGCUGACGUCACUAGUCGAGGGAGAAGCUGUGCAUCUUGCCAGGGAUUUUGGUUAUGUAUGCGAGACCGAGUUUCCAGCCAAGGCAGUAGCAGAAUAUGUAAACCGUCAGCAUUCCGACCCAAACGAACAAGUCCAAAGAAAAAACAUGCUAUUGGCCACGAAGCAAGUGUGCAAAGAGUUCACGGACCUGCUGUCCCAGGACCGUUCGCCGCUGGGGAACUCACGGCCGCAGCCCAUUCUUGAACCGGGAAUCCAGAGCUGCUUGACCCACUUCAGUCUAAUCUCGCACGGUUUUGGGACCCCGGCACUGUGCGCGGCCGUCACGGCCCUGCAGAACUAUCUAACCGAGGCUAUCAAAGCCAUGGACAAAAUGUACCUCAACAACAACCCAAACAGUCACUCAGAUAACGGCACUAAAGGCGGAGACAAAGACGAGAAACACAGAAAGUGAUGUUUCCAUCCUUUAACUUCACUGUGGGGCCAAACUCAAGAAGGGCCCUUCUGCUACACCGACCACGCGCCUCGGCCCGGCCCCUGCCCAUCCAAUAUAAAUAUUAUAAAUACCUUAUAAAUACUAUUGAUAAAGUUAAUUGUGCCACUUCCU